AUGGAACAACGGCUGUCGGCGAACGUUAAUAUAUUGCACAAGUUUUCAACGUGGCAUAGAUCCUUUGCUCUUUAAAAGUAUUUCCUAACCCUACAGCAAUUUUCUAAAACAACACAGCCAAGGCAAAGGUACACUCGUUCUUUUGAUUCUUUUAUCUAUACAUUGUUGUUGUUCUGGCUGUAAGCUUGACGUGGCAUGUGGCCUGAAGAGAAAUCAAUUUAACCGUAUUUUUUGUACAUUUUGUUUUCAUUUCCUCUGUCCCUUCGGUCAAUUAAGCUGAGCUACUGAGAAGCAAUUUUGUAAAGAAAGAUACUCAAUCACUCAGAGUUCGGCAACGCAAACAUCCUUUCAAAAUCAAUGUUCGAUCGAAUACAUAACUCUCAUUACAGUGUAGCAUAAUUAUCUUAAAUGAUACGUGUACUUUUCGAUAGCAUCGAUCUGAUCAAUGUUAAAUAGGUAACAUACCGAUGAUCUCCACUAACCUCCCCUCUACAAAGCUCCUUGUUUAGAUUUUCAAGUUUCUAAUAAGCUCCUUUCCCCAUACAUCAUUAGAUAUUUAUCAAAUCUAGGCUACUGUUCAUUCUUGGAGACCCAGGGGCUGUGAGGAUGGGCUACUGUUUAGAAAGUUAUUAUAAAUUGCAUCAAAGCCCCAAUGGCAAGUAUUCUGUUCCUCUCCACUUCUCUCUGAUUUUAGCUCUGUCUACCCUCAUUAUUCUAUGCCAAGGUUCUUUUCCAGACAUUUCACUUUUACUGAUGUAAAGAAUACCUUAAAUGAUAUUGCAAGGUCUUUGCUCAGGAAAGGUCUGUUGUUUCACCAAAUUUAACUCACAAUCAGUUGCAAAAUUUAAAUUGUUUCCUUUGCUUUAGCACAGAGUUCAUGAUUUUUAGAUGCAUUCAUACUGAUAUAAUUUCUUCAGGUCAGGUCCAGUUAAAUUUUUAGGGCAUCUUUGCUUGCUUGAUUUUUUCCUCUUACUUUGCUAUUAGCCUGUCCCUUACUUGAUAUUUGUAUGAGGGACUUUUUGAGUGUUCAUGUUUAUUUAAAAAUGCAUUGUUUGACCUAUAUCUGUUCUUUUUCUUUGUAGAAACCUUCAAGAAAGAACUUUGUGAUCCACAGAAAUAUGCUUGUGAUUGUAUACAUCUCGUUUGGUGUUCUUUCCGCACUUUGUGGUAUUUUCCACUUUUGGUGCAAAACAGGUCAAAGGGAUGACACGAUGAUAGUCAACCCCAACUUUGUCUCAUUCCAAAAUAGCUACUUCAGAGUUUACUUCCUAGCACUAAUGGCUGAAUGGCUCCAGGGACCGUACCUUUACAAACUCUACAGUCACUAUGGCUUCAUUGACACGCAAAUUGCCAUAAUUUAUGUGUGUGGCUUUGCCUCAAGUGUUGUGUUUGGAACUUCUAGUGGAUACUUUGCAAGUGUGUUUGGCCGUAAAAAGGCUUGUGUAGUUUUCACAUUACUGUACUCAUUGUGCUGCCUGACGAAGCUGUCAAGAAACUAUGGUAUUCUAAUCCUUGGAAGAAUUUUGGGUGGAAUCUCUACUUCCUUGUUAUUCACAGCUUUUGAUGCAUGGUAUUUGUAUGAACACACACAGACCCAUAAUUUUCCUAGUGAGUGGGUUUCUGCAACAUUUGCCAAAGCAACACUCUACAACAGCAUCAUCUCUGUAGUAGCUGGGAUUUUAGCCAACACCGUAGCUGAAUGGAUGCCUUUUGGACCAGUGGCCCCAUUUGUCCUUGCCAUACCAUUUCUUAUUGCAACUGGGAUUUUGAUCCAAUUUACUUGGGAUGAAAACUAUGGUGGAAGAAAUAACAAAGUCAUUCAACCAUGUAUUGAGAGCCUACGGCAUAUUAUAACAAACAACAAAGUCAUGUCUAUUGGCAUUGUUACCUCACUUUUUGAGAGUGCCAUGUACAUAUUUGUUUUUUUGUGGACUCCUGUUUUGGACAGAGGGCAUUUGUAUCCUCCUCUGGGAAUCAUCUUUUCAUGUUUCAUGCUGUGUGUUACUCUUGGAGGCUUUCUGUUCAAUUUUACCGUCAAACUAGGUAUAAACCCAGCCAAUGUUGUGAUUUUAACUGUUAUUGUAGCAUCUGGGGCAAAUAUUGGUGCAGUUUUUUCCAAUGCCUUGCAUCCGAGUACAUCAUUUAUUCUGUUUAUUAUCUUGGAACUAGCUUGUGGACUGUACUUCCCAGCAAUGGGUUGGUUGAGACAAAGGAUUCUACCUGAGGCCCAUCAUGCUGGUAUUAUAAACUGGUUCAGAGUACCGCUGAAUGCUACUGCUGCAAUUGUUUUGAUGGUACUUCAUGACACUCAUAGCAGUCAUGGUAUAUCUGCAAUAUUUGCCCUUUGUUCAUUAUUGUUGGCUGUGGCAGGUAUUGCUGCUGUAAGACUCUCCGUCCUGUCAAGAAAUGAUGAAAAUUUGAAACUUGUCCAUGACAUGGAAGAAGGACUUUGAAGAACUACAUCUAAUCAGAUAUAUCUUGCCUUUGGAAGAUGUGAUCUUCAUUUUUAGGUCACAACAUGAAGGAAAGGGGUUGACUAAGAAAAUUGUAUGGCUGUAAGUCACUAACCUCACUUCAGUUUGAUGUAGAAACAUUUUACACGCUUAAGUGGCCAUAUUUAUUUUCAUUGAACUUGAAGAAAAAUUUUUAACACAUGACAGUAUGUGUAAGAUUCAGGACAAGGUAGUGUUCGUUACUGUAAGUUCCCCCCCUUAACUACGGCCUUUCUCAAGAGAAGUUCCCCCAACCAUAGCUUUCCCCCCCUAAAGAAAUAUAAUUAAAGCAUAACAUGUGGUGAUUAGAUAUCAUCAUCAGAACUUGACUUGAGCUAAAACUUGAAAGGUGAUCAAUCAAAAAUUGUUAUGGCAGUGUAUGAUAUAUUAUAGUGACCAAGAAAGCCAAGAAAGCUAAGUAAUUGAUCUUAGUUAAUUCCUUUCUUUUGUAUGUAAUUAUCUUUUCCUCUCUUUAUGUAUUAAUUUUCUAGCAGAUAUAAAUGUUCAUGUUUUCCCAUAUUUAUUAUAAUUUUAAGUUGUGUAUAUUUAAACUCUACACUGCCUAGAUCAGUUAUGCUAUUUAUCUAUUAACUUUCAUUAUUUAAAAUAAAUCAGUUGGAGAAAUUUGUCGCAAUUUUUUUAUCAUACAUAUAGAUAACAGUUUCA